GAGCUAAGUUACUAGCUAACGCAGCAGACAACACACGCUAUCGCUUCACAGCCCUUUCUCCGCAGUUGGAUCAGUUACAGCACGCCAAGCACGAAUAAUUAUUGAUGUUGAACGACGUGAUCGCCGGCGUGACGCUGGCGCUGACGUCGAUCCCGCAGGCGGUGGCCUACGCCGAGGUCAGCGGCGUCGCCGGCUGGCGCGGCCUGGCGACGAUGGGCUUUCCAUGCGUGGCGUUCGCCGCCGCGACGGGGUCGCCCUGGGCGUCGAUCGGCGUGACGUCUCGACAGCCGGCGUCUGGGCCGCCUCCCCCGCGUCGCCGCGUUUCGCCACCAGGCCGGCGCAGGUCCAUCACGGCGAUGCUCGCGCGCGACGCGCUCGCGGCGGCGCACGCGGCGCUCCCGGAGGACGACUACGUGCUCGUGAUGGCGGCGUUCGCCACGAUCGUCGGCCUCGCGUCGACGGCGCUCGCGCUCUGCGGGGCGGGCGGCGUCGCGGUCCGCCGGAUACCGGGGCCGGUCAAGGCCGGCUUUAAGCUGGGCUUCGGCUGCGCCGUCGUCUCGUCGCAGUGCGCGACGGCGCUCUUCCGGGGCGGCAAGGCGCGCCUGCGCGAGGCGGCGGGCGACGACGCCGCGUGGGCCGGGCCGUCCCGCGCGGCGGCGGCGGCGGCGGCGGCGGGCCUCGGCGGCGCCCCGCAGGUCGUCCGUCUCGCGUGGGCGGCGGGGCACCCGGGCGCCUGGGACUGGGACGUCGCCGCGCUCUCGGCGGUCGUCGUCGUGGGCACGCUCCGUGGCAAGGCGCUGCUUCCGCGGCGCGCGCCGCCGGGCCUCGAAGUCCUCGUCCUCGUGGGCCUCGCGACGGGACUGAGCGCGGCCGGAUUAUACGCGGGCGGCGUCGUCGGCGCGCCGCCGGCGGGCGCGGGCGGCGCCCGGUCCCUGGCCGUCGCGCCCUGGGACCUUCCGUUCCGCCGGCUCGUCGACCUCUGCUACGGCGGGUCCGUCGCCGCGCCGCGCGAUCGCGCGAUCGCGACCAAGGGAGGGCGACCGCGCAGGUCGUGGGCCGCGCUCGCCAAGUCGUCGGUCGUCUUCGCCGCCGUCGACUUCCUCCAGAGCGUGUCGGUGUGCAGUGCGUUCGAGGCGGAAAACGGCCACGCGUGGUCCUGUGCGGAAAUCGGUCACGCGUGGUCCAGCACAGCCACGUCGUCGCCGCACACCCGGCACACUGAUCGAAUCAAUCCCACGCAGGCGUGGUCGCCUGACCGCGAGCUCGCGGCGCAGGGCGUCGCGUCGGUCGCGUCCGGCGCGUUCCGGGGCGGGCCCUGCGGCGCGUCGUUGAGCCGAUCGAUGCUCGCGCGCCUGACGGGCGCAACGUCGCGCGCGGCGGGGUUCGUACACGGCGUCGCGGCGAUUUCGUUGCUGCCGUACGCCGGCGCGCUCGCCGCCACGCCCAAGGCGGCGCUCGCCGCCGUGGUCCUUGCCGCCGUCGGGCCUGGCGUCGCGCGACCCAAGGGCGUCCUGGCGCUCCGCGGAUCUGAAGCUGGGGCGCGACACGGCGUAGACAGCGCAAGGGGGGGAAAGCCGCCGACGGCCCUCGAACGCAGGUCGCCUGGCUCACGGCGCUCGCGUCCGUCGUCGCCGACCCGACGACCGGAUUCCUCGCCGGCCUCGCCGCCGCCGCCGCUGUCGCCGCGCUCGGGGGAAAGAACUCGAAGAAGGCCUCGUGACGUCUAUUUUCUUUUCUGGCGCGCGCCAUAUCAGGGACGCCGCCGGCCGCAACUUUCAAAAUCGAGCUCUCACGCCCGGCCCGCUCGAAGUAAAAUAACUUGA